CGAGUUCACUCGGUAACUCUGUCAACAGAGAAGAGUCCGAAACAAAAGAAGGUCUUUGUUGACUUGGUUCGUUGACAUAAAAAUGGCGACUUCGAUGAUUCAGAGAUUGUUCAAGCAAGGCACAAAGAUCGUCGGCGUUGGACUCAAUUACGCUUCCCACGCCAAAGAACUUGGCAACGCCCUUCCAAAGGACCCGAUUGUGUUCUUGAAGCCAACCUCUUCGUACCUGGAAAACGGUGGAACAAUAGAGAUCCCACAUCCACUGGAUUCACUUCACCAUGAGGUGGAACUUGCUGUAGUGAUUGGACACAAGGCAAGAGAUGUCCCAGAACGGUUAGCCAUGGAUUACAUUGGAGGAUAUGCGCUUGCUCUUGAUAUGACUGCUAGGGAACUCCAUGUUUCUGCCAUGGCAUCUGGUCUCCCAUGUACGCUUGCUAAAGGACAGGAUACCUUCACUCCCAUCAGCUCCGUUUUACCAAAGGCAAUGGUGCUGGAUCCCAAUAACUUGGAACUUUGGCUAAAGGUUUGGCUCCUCAAGCUCUGUUGUCAUAUGAAGAUACACUGUUCCCUUUUAGAAUCUCCCACUCUGUAACAGGUUAAUGAUGAUACAAGACAGAAAGGUUGGACAAAGGAUAUAAUCUUCAAGGUCUCAUAUCUCAUCAGCUACAUAAGCUCUGUAGUGACCCUUUUCAAAGGAGAUGUUACAUUGACAGGUAAAAUAUUCAAUAUUACCAAGUUCGUGCUAAGGGAAAAAGAUCAUAAGAUCGUCGGAUUCCAGGACAAAGCUAGCUGGAGAUUUUGUUCGUCAAGUUGGUGUCCAUAUCUCGCUAAUCUCCAAGCCUUAGACGUGUCGAUCUCUAAAUGGUUCUUAGUUCUAAUCAUAGUUAAAAAUAAUUUCAUAGUAUUACAUGUUGGUGACUGGU